CCGCCAUCCUCACGGCUUUUUGCAGAAGGGCACAGAGAGGCCGAAUCAAGGCAGCCCGGUGGAGCAGGAACUUGGCACUAUCGUCCUUCAAACAUGCUGUCCAGGCUCGUUUUUGUUUCAGCAAGUGCCCUGAAAAGCAGUGGCCCCCUUGGAGCUGGCCUUGUCCAGGCAUCUCGCUCCCUGCACACAUCAUCCCAAAGUUUGGCCCCAGUGCCUCCUUUGCCAGAGAAGGGAGGCAAAGUCCGCCAUGGCAUCAUCCCAGAGGAGCUCUUCCAGCUCCUGUACCCCAAAACUGGAGUCACAGGACCUUACAUGCUGGGCACUGGCCUCCUUGUCUACCUGCUUUCCAAGGAAAUCUAUGUCAUCAACCAUGAGACCCUUGUUGUCGCCUCAAUAGGUGCUAUCGCUGUCUAUGGUAUCAAGAAAUUUGGUCCAAGUGUUGCAGCUUUUGCUGACAAACUCAAUGAGGAAAAAGUGGCCAAGGCUCAGGAGGUGAAGGACCUUGCUAUGUCCAGCCUGACUCAGGCCAUUGAGGAUGAGAAGAAGGAACAGUGGAGAGUAGAGGGAAGAUCAGUGCUCUUCGAUGCUAAGAGGAACAAUGUGGCUAUGCUGUUGGAGACCAACUACAGAGAGCGGAUACACAUGGUGACCAAUGAGGUGAAGAGACGCUUGGACUACCAGAUUGCUCUGCAGCACCUCCACCGUCGUAUGGAGCAGGAGCACAUGGUCAGCUGGGUGGAGAAGAACGUCGUCGGUAGCAUUACUCCACAGCAGGAGAAAGAGAGCAUCGCCAAGUGCAUCACAGACCUGAAGGCUCUGGCGAAGGCCACUCAGGCCAAGGCUGCAGUAUAAACUAUCCAGUCUUCAGAGAAGGCUGUUUAAAUCCCCAACUCAUUGUCCCAAGAAGAGACAUUCACUUUUCUUUACAAUAUAAACUAUUUCUCUUUAAGAUGAUCUCUGUCAAUAAAAUGGGUGUGUACAGUAUUUACACGUCAUCUGAUCAUAAAAUAAAUGGUUCUCUUACUCGG